AUGCUGCGGUUCCUGCGCCGGACCUUUGGCCGCCGCUCCAUGCAACGCUACGCGCGGGGCGCGGCGGGGCGCGGGGCCGCCGGGCUGGGGGACGAGCGCGACGGGGGGCUGCGGGGGGGCCCGGCCGCCGCCUCCUCCUCUGCGCUGCCCGCCGCGCCCGGGGGCAGCGUGUUCCCGGCGGGCGGCGGGCCCCUGCUCACCGGCGGCGCGGCCGUGCACAUCUCCGCCGCCGGCGCCGCCAAGGCCACCCUCUACUGCCGCGUCUUCCUGCUCGACGGGACCGAAGUGAGCGUGGACCUGCCGAAACAUGCCAAAGGCCAGGAUUUGUUUGAUCAGAUUGUGUAUCACUUGGACCUUGUGGAAACAGAUUACUUUGGCCUCCAGUUCCUCGAUUCUGCCCAGGUUGCGCACUGGCUGGAUCAUGCCAAACCCAUAAAAAAGCAGAUGAAAAUUGGACCUGCUUAUGCUUUGCACUUUCGAGUUAAAUACUAUUCUUCAGAACCAAACAACCUUCGUGAGGAGUUUACAAGGUACCUGUUUGUUUUACAACUCAGGCAUGACAUUCUUUCUGGAAAAUUGAAAUGCCCUUAUGAAACAGCUGUGGAGUUAGCUGCUCUCUGUCUACAAGCGGAGCUUGGGGAGUGCGAGCUUCCAGAACACACACCAGAGCUUGUGUCUGAGUUUCGGUUCAUUCCAAAUCAGACAGAAGCGAUGGAAUAUGAUAUCUUCCAGAGAUGGAAAGAGUGCAGGGGAAAGAGCCCUGCCCAGGCGGAACUCUCCUAUCUGAAUAAAGCGAAGUGGCUGGAAAUGUAUGGGGUAGACAUGCACGUUGUCAGGGGAAGAGAUGGCUGUGAAUAUUCUCUUGGACUGACCCCGACAGGCAUAUUAAUCUUUGAAGGAGCUAACAAAAUAGGCUUAUUCUUUUGGCCUAAAAUUACCAAAAUGGAUUUUAAAAAGAGCAAACUGACACUUGUGGUGGUCGAGGAUGAUGAUCAGGGACGUGAGCAAGAGCACACGUUUGUGUUCCGGUUAGACAGUGCCAGGACCUGCAAACACCUUUGGAAGUGUGCGGUUGAGCACCACGCGUUCUUCCGACUGCGGACGCCAGGAAACAGCAAAUCCAAUAGAUCCGACUUUAUCAGGCUGGGCUCUCGCUUCAGAUUCAGUGGGCGGACAGAAUAUCAAGCUACACAUGGCUCCAGGUUACGAAGAACCAGCACCUUUGAGAGGAAGCCUAGUAAACGUUAUCCAUCCCGGAGACAUUCAACGUUCAAAGCAAGCAACCCAGUGAUAGCAGCCCAGCUCUGCUCUAAAACAAAUCCAGAAGUCCAUAAUUACCAGCCUCAGUAUCAUCCUAAUAUCCACCCCAGCCAGCCCCGGUGGCAUCCUCACUCUCCAAAUGUCAGCUACCCGCUCCCUUCCCCAGUGCUCAGCAGCUCAGACCGAUUACCUUUCGGCAUUGAGGAGAAUGGGGGCACGCCGUUCCUCACCGCACCUUCAGGAAGGCAUCACCACCAGCACCAGCACCAGCAUCAGCACCAGCACCACUCAAACUACAGCCUCUCACUGACCCUGGAGAACAAAGAGGGACCUCUGAGGUCCCCAAACUCCAGCAGCAAGUCCCUUACAAAACUGAGUCCAGGAACACCUGCCUUGUUCAGUGAAGCCGCUGCCCAUCUAAAGAAGCUGGAACUGGAAACUGUGAAGGCUGCUGGACCCUGGCCUCCUCUGCACAUCAACAUAAACAAGGCUGAAGAAAAGAAAGUCUCAGAGAAAACUCUUCAGACUCCACUUUUGCCUUCCCCUGUGGCAGAUCAUGUGAAGUGUAACAUUCUGAAAGCCCAGUUGGAAAAUGCUUCCCGAGUGAACAUCCAGGGUGGAAAAGAGGAAUCAAUGUUUGUAAAUAUCAAUAAGAAAUCCAGUCUUCAGGACGCUAAUGUAAGAAGUCCUAUUCCUAUUCGUGUGGAAACUGCCCAGCCAGCUGCGGAAAAGCCGGAAAUCAAGCCUCCCCGAGUGAGGAAGUUAACAAGACAGUAUAGUUUUGAUGAAGACGACCUCCCUCCAGACCUGGCCGAGGCAGUGGGAGUGACCACAGCUACAACCACAAACACCACAACUGCCGCCACACAAGUCUCCGUGCCGCUGCCGUCUCCCAAGGUCCAGCAUGUCAGCUCGCCUCACAAGUCAGAAGGCAAAGGCCAGCUGUCCCCCGGGGCCAAGAGCCCCUCUGACCGAGGAGGUGCCUUUACCCUGGAGCCGGGUGAUCUUCUGAUGGAUUUCACAGAAGCCACUCCUCUGAUAAAAACAUUCCCGGCUGAUCCAAUGAACCCGUUUCCUGAUACUUUCACCACAGGGCCACAGUUUACUGCAGACUUCAGAGACAGUAAAUUACAGUGUUGUCCUGGCCCGUCUUCCCCGCUGAUCCCAGCAGCGACCCUGAGGCCUUUGACAGAGACCGUCUCCACAGUGCAGACCAUUUACAACCCGGAAACCUGUUUCUCUGGCAGCCAGUGCGGAGACACUCCGGCAGGAACUGGAGAGAGAGAAAAUGAUGAAAAGACUAUUGAUGACCGAACUGUGAAAUUCUCCCCUUGUCACCUGGAAGAUGGCAUGGUGCCUUCUGUCCGUCUUCUUUCUUCGGGCUUUGUGUGCUCACUCUAGCACAACAUACAAAUGUGUGCUCUGUUCGCCCAGGUCUCCAUGGUUAGUUGAAGCCAAUUUCUGGCUUGACUUUUAAGGGAAAAGUUAUUUUAUGUCUCCUAAGCAUUAGAGUUUUUCUAUUACUCUAUAUAGUUGAGACAGGAUUUGAUAAGUCUAGGAAAAGAAAGAUAGGAAAACGGGAUUCCUUUUCAGAAGUACCUGUGUGUAACUGUUAAUAACCACAGGGGUUAAUACGAUAUGGGAUUCUUUACUAUCAAUUUCAACCAUUUGAUUUUGUAUGAUUGAAACUUGCACCGAGCUUUGACUGUUUGUUAAAGAGUCAUUUUUAAUGAAAGAAUAAUUCUUUAUUGCUGGUUUUUCA